AUGCUUGCUAAGACGCUAGAGUAUCGAUUUGUCGAGUCUUAUCGAGCUGAGGGCCUUUCUGAUUUGCUUCCACAAACACGAGGAAGUGUAGCGAAGUCGUGUACCUUCUCGUGCUGUGUGGAUGUGCUUCUGAAAGCAGCGCGAAUCCCCCAUCGCGUUGUAGCUGUCGACGUUGUGAACAAACCAAAGAUGUUCCUAAAUCUCUUCCCCAAGGGCACGACGCCCGGUUGCUUGUACCGAGGACAGCGCUUGAACGAGACAGCGGAUAUUUUGAAACUCAUCUGCAGAGAGUUCGGAGAAAGUCACAUAAG